AUGGUGGAGAUGGGUGAUCUCUGCGCUUCGAUGUCGAGGAUGGAGGAGAAUUUGCGGCGGAUGAACGAGAUCCUGGAUCGCAUGAAUGGAGUCGCGCCGCCCCCGUCGUCAAGCACGGCAUCACCAUCCUCGACUCCGACCUCGGCGCCGCUCGCCGCACCGGCGUCCUCGACUCCGGCCUCGGCGCAGGUCGCCGCAUCGGCAUCCUCGACUCCGGCCUCGGCGCAGGUCGCCGCACCAGCGUCCUCGACUCCGACCUCGGCGCAGGUCGCCGCCAGCCCCUGCGCCCACCCCCGCCGCUCCUCCCGCGCAGGCACACGGGGCCCGUAG